UUCACAACGAAAAUAUAGUCGUCGCAUAAGUAUUCAAUCCCUUUGUUUACGCAAUCUUAAAUUAGUUCUGGAGUUAAAUGUGGUUUAACAAAUCACAAGGUAUGUGGACUCUGUGUAAAAUAAUAGGGGUUGACAUUCUUUUUUUAAUGACUAACUCUUGCUCUGUCCCGUACAUACAACAUAUGUAAGGUCCCUCAAUCAAUUAUUGAAUUUCAAGCACACAUUAAACUACAAAGACCAGGGAGCUUUUUGAAAGCCUCAUGAAGGGCAGUGAUUGGUAGAUUGAUAAUAAUAACGAAUCAGACAUUAAAUAUCUCUUUAAGCAUGGUUACGUUUUUAAUUAUGCUGUGGAUUAUAUAUUAAACCACCCAGACACAUCAGAUAGUCAUCCUUCUGAACUGAGCUGCAAUCAGGAAUGAAACUGCUCAGCGAUGUAUGUUACCCUGACCUAAAUAACAGAGUGAAAAGAAGAAUACCAAUAUUCCAAAACCUGCAUUAUGUAUGGAACAAGGCACUAAAGUAAUACUCCAAAAAAAGCCUUAUGUUUGGGGCAAAUCCAGCACAUCACUGAGUAACUGCCUCCUUAUUUUCAAGCACGGUGGUGGCUGCAUCAUGGUAUGAGUAUUCUUGACAUUGGCAAAUACUGGGGGAGAGGAAUUCACUUUUCAGCAGGACAAUAGCCUACAACACAAGGCCAAAUCUACACUGGAGUUGCUUACCAAGAACACAUUGAAUGUUCCUGAGUGGUCAAGUUAGUUUUGACUUAAAGCUUGAAAAUCAAUCAUAUCAAGCUUUAUGUAUAUAGCACAUUUCAGACAUGAUUACAAUGCAAUGCGCUUCACAGGAAAAAACUAUAAAAAUACAAUAAAAAUACAAACAGAAAUAACAGAGGAUAAAAAAGAAAAGAAUAACAAUAAAAAUUGAAACACUAAAAAAGCUGAAGCUAAAAAUAUGUUUUAAGAUCUCUUUUAAAAAUGUCCAAAGUUUCAGCCCUCAGGUUCUCUGGCAGACUUUUUCAGAGUCAGGGGGCAUAGCAUCUAAAGGCUGCCUCACCAUGUGUCUUGUGCCUAGGCUUUGGGAUAGUUAAAAGGCCAGUUACAGAGGACCUGAGGGACCUACUGAGUACAUAACUCCAAAGCAUGUCUGAUAUGUAAUGGGGUGCAAAAUCGUGGAUUGAUUUAAAAACCAAUAGAAUAAUUUUAAAAUGUAUUCUAAAACUCACAGGAAGCCAGUGCAGAGACUUUAAAACCAGUGUAAUGUGUGCUCUCACUCUGGUCUUGUUCAGUACCCAUGCUGCAGCAUUCUGUAUGUUUUUCAGUUGACCAAUUUAUUUAUUGGUUAUACCAGACGUGAGAGCAUUACAGUAGUCAAGCCUGCUUGUAAUAAAAGCAAUGAUGAGUUUCUCUGUAUCAGCCUGAGAUAGAAACGGACACACCAUGGCAAUGUUCCUCAUGUGCUAAAAAGCUAUUUUGGUUACAUUCCUAAUGUGUGAUUCAAAAUUGAGUUCAGAAUCUAAAAUGACACCUAGGUUUUUUACCUGGUGUUUUAUCUUUAUUGCCUGUGAAUUAAAAUGCGGUCAGUUUCUCUCUGUGCUUUGGCUCCAAUAUUAAGCACUUUGGUCUUGUCUUGAUUUAGCUGAAGGAAGUUGUGAGCCAAGUAUUUAAAUCACUAAUAUAGUCUAAUUUAUCUGUGGAGCUAAAAUCCUCUGUUGACACAGAAAUGUAAAGUUGUGUAUCGUCUGUGUAGCAGUGAAAAUCAAUGCCGUGCUUUCUGCUGCCAAGGGGUAACACAUAAACCGAACAGUAAAAUAUAGCAAGACUUAAAAAUAUUGCUGUCUAGACAUGAUCCCUAACAUCUUGACAGAGAUUGAAGAAUUUUGAAAAGAAUAAUGGGCAAAUAUUGCACAAUCGAGGUGUGCAAAGCUCUUCUAGAUUUACCGAAGAAGACUCACAACUGUAAUCGAUGCCAAAGGUGUUUCUAACAUGUAGUGACUCAGGGAGCUGAAUACUUAUGCAACUUCUAUAUUUUAGUUUUUUAAUUUCUAUUGAUCAAAAAUAACAAUGAAAUGCAUUUUAAUCCCACUUUGUAACACAAUGAAAUGUGAAGAAAUCCGAAGGGUCUGAAUAUUUGGGGCUCCCGAGUGGCGCAGCGGUCUAAGGCACUGCAUCUCGGUGCUAGAGGCGUCACGACAGACCUUGGUUAGAUUCCAGGCUGUAUCACAACUGGCUGUGAUUGGGAGUCCCAUAGCGCGAGGCACACAAUUGACCAGGCAUCGUCCGGGUUAGGGUUUCGCCGGGGUAGGCCGUCAUUGUAAAUAAGAAUUUGUUCCUAGUUGACUUGCCUAGUUUUUGUUAGUUCCUUAUGUCAUGUAGCCUAUUUUGUAUGACAGUUUGCAUGUCAUUCAAAGGAUCUAAUUAUAAUGAAUUGAGUUUCAAUUAGGUAUUUCAAUUGAGUUCUCUACAACCCCAUCAAAAUAAAUUUGUUUGGAAUUGUUUUAAACUAUUGUACACUGCAAGAAAUAUGGUGCCAGUCAUUUGCACAAUACCCCAUGCAUUAAUUAUUGUUUUUAUUUCUCAUUAAUCUAAUUAAUAAUAGUUUGACUAAACACAGGCCUAUAGCCAAUAUAAAAGUAUACAAAUGACAAAAUAAACCAUAUUCCUUCAAGUCCUAAACAUGCCCCGAACUGAAAGGGUUCAAAGCAUUCAAAUACUUUAAUGAUCUGUCAUGCACCGGAGACAAGUCAGUGACUACUCAUUGGUUAUGAGCCUAUUUCAGACAGGUGUGGUGUGUCUGGAGUAUGUCUGGUUGUCAGCGGUCUUGUAAUGAGCGGUAGGCGAUUCCAUUAAGGUUUAAGGAAAAAGGUGAUUUCAGUGUUCAAAAUGUGAACAUUUGCAAAGCUGUCAUCAAGGCAAAGGGGGACUACUUUGAAGAAUCUCAAAUAAAAAAUAUAUUUUGAUUAGUUCAACACUUUUUUUUGGUUACAACAUGAUUCCAUAUGUGUUCUUUUAUAGUUUUGAUGUCUUCACUAUUAUUCUACAAUGUAAAAAAAUAAGAUAAACCCUUGAAUGAGUAGGUGUGUCAACUUUUGACCGGUACUGUAUGUUUUCAAAGUGUUGAACCCUGUGUAUUGAAAGAGUAUGAUUUUGUGUCUCCGGUUUGGGAUUUAAGUUUGACCUCUUUAUGUGUUGUGCUCCUCCUUUGCACACAGUUAACUUUACUCAGUGGCUCUGUUUAUGUACAUAAUACAAUGAUGAGUUCCUGUCAAAGGUUUGUUUGAAUUUAAUUGACAGGGACACACUAAAUGGACCCCCCCUAACAGAUGGUGAACAGACACCGGGCAGGUUCAGUCGACAGACCCCCACACAAAUAUAGGCCGACAGACACUGUAAAACCAUGAAUGCUUGAUGAAGUAACCUACAUUGUCUACUAAUGCCAAAUGUAAGCAUGGUGAACUUAAUGAGUUGCUGCAUAUGGACUUCUCUAUAUUAGAUGCCAGAAAAGUUAUUCCACAAGAAAAGCUUUGGCUACUGUACGUAUAACAUAAUGAGAUAAUGUUAUAGAUAUUACCUUUUAUAACAUGAAUCCAAAUAUAUUAUUUGUCGCAUUAAUCAAAUAUGCACUCUCACAGUAUACAACGGUAACGGUCAGAUCAUGCAGCAUGAGAACGCAUGAUGCUGCUGUGAUCACUGUUAUAGUGAAUAUAAGCCCAUUCAAACAGUUCAGUACAGCACAAAGCAAAUACGUCUUUCCACAGCUGUUGCUUGCUAUGUAACCUCUACCCCAGGCUGGCCGGCCAAGUUGACUUGCAGUGUUACAGUAGGCUAGAGGAGGCUGUCUUGCAUUUUGUAUUAAUGCAAUUGUGUGUGCGCGUGCGGCGCAUGAGCGGUGUAGAGAAGGCAGUGAAAUUACAGUAGAGAAGGCUCUUAUAUUAGUGUUACAGAAAGCUUAGACUAGUACACUCUGGUACGGCAUGUGUGUGGGAGAGAGAGAAGGCUGGCAGAAGGAGGAGAGGGCAGGUCUGGACUUGACUGUUGAGUUAAAGGUGCUGCACGGUCAAUCCGACGUCUCCUUUGGCCGUGCACGAUAUGGCCUAGCCAGAAGUCAGGGCAUUCAUACUUCUUGCGCUUCGCAGAGCGGUUGUGAAGGAAGUUGUCAAGAAGGUGAGUUUGUGUUUAUACAGGACCAUGUGUGAAUUAAAUGGCUCAGACACAAGACGUAUGUGGCUGGGACUCCAGGCGAUCAGGCGUUAGAAAGGGAAAGCCAGCCACGUCGCGGACUCUGACGCCUCGCUCCCGGUUAAGAGAAACACCUUCUUCUUCCCCUCGCUUCGAAGAAACAAGUUCUUUUUUUAAUUUCACUAUUUUGUGUAUGUCCGUUACAUGAAAUCCAAAUAAAAAUCUAUUUAAAUUACAGGUUGUAAUGCAACAAAAUAGGAAAAACACCAAGGGGGAUGAAUCAUUUUGCAAGGCACUGUAAAAAUUGGUGGUGUACGGACUGUUGUUGAUCCUUACGGAUCACCCCCCACGGUUCGGUACGCAUGUGAACCGCAAAUCAAUUGCAAAGUUUAACCAUCAUCGUGUGAAAUACAGUUUUACUGCCGCUGUUACUUUUUAAAGUAGUAAUUCCCUAAAUCUCGAUGCAGCGUUGCAGUGAAAAGAUAAAGAUAAGAGAUGCGUGUUGUGUUUUGCUCUGAAGCCUGAAGGUUGAUUUAAUUCUUUUUUUAAAGCAGUUGCGUGUACUGUUCACGUGAACGGGGCAUGUUGAAUCCCAACAAAUCAAUCCUGGAUGCUCGCGUUGCAAAAAGCAAAGAAGAAAAAAGAGCAUUGACAGCCAUGGCUAGCAGAGGAGCUGAAGAACUGGAAAAGCCUCCCUCUUCAUUUAAGUCAUGUAUGGGAGCAUUUUGGCUUCACUGUCAAAUAUGAUGACGGAAGAAGGGUGGUGGACAACACCAUAACGGUGUGUAGGCAUUGUGCCACAAGAAAGCCGUAUGAUCAUGGAAAUACAUCGAGCAUGGCCACACAUUUAAAGCGUCAUCACCCUGGUGUGUCAGUGACGGGAGCCAACUCAGCCAAGACACAACUUCUCCCCGCGGCAUUUAAGCAGUCUUUUGCUGCAGAAUCAGACUGGACAAAAGCCAUCACCAAAUCUAAUGGGAUGUUUAUCGCUGCAGACAUGAGGUCAUACUCUGUUGUGGAAAGUGAAGGGUUUAUUAUUAUGGUGAAAGUGCUUGAGCCACGCUACGAAGUCCCCUCACCACAGACGGGUGGACCUCCAGGGCAACGGAAAGCUACGUGACUGCUCACUACACCACAGAGGAGUGGGAGAUGCAAAGUCCGGUGCUACAGACACGCCCCCUUUAUGAGAGUCACACAGUGACAAAUCUGUCGCAGGUACUGCUCGGACCAGUAGCAGAGUGGAAGCUAGAUAGGCCCAAUAGCAAUAACCCAUUCACCACAGAUAAUGCCAAGAACCAAGUAAAUGCAGUGAUAGAAGCUGGACUGGGGCCAGAGAUAGCUUGCUUUGCAUAUGUGAUAAAUUUAGCAUCCCAAAGGGGAAUCUCAGUGAACCAGAUGGACCGCCUCCUUGGGAGAAUCAGGAAGGUGGUUUCCUUUUUCCACUGACACACAACAGCUGCUCAUGUGCUUAAGACCAAGCAAGAAAUGCUACAGCUACCGACCCACAAGCUCAUACACGAUGUCACAACAAGAUGGAACUCCACUUAUGACAUGUUGGAGCGCUAUCUUGAGCAAAGACUACUUUCAUAGAUCUACUGCACUGGAUCCAAGGUUCAAGUCCCUGUCUCACCUAGACCCUGCCCUACACCGGAGGACAUACAGUGAUCUUACCACUGAGAUUGUGGCCACUGAAGAGGUAAAAAAAUAUAUACAAAAAUAAGAGUGAAUUACUUAAAUAAUAAAUAUACUGCAGUCUAAUCUUAGUCUAUGACAUUUGCUAUUAGAAUCAUCCAUUUUUUAUUUGAAAUAAUAAUGUUUUUUAUUAAAUGUUAUUGCCACAAUUAUAGUUCUAUGAAAAAUAAUUUGAAGUUAUAAGCUCAAGUCUGCUUUGCUUUCAUUUAUUUUUUUGAUGUGGACACAGGCAAAUUUUUUAUUCACUAUUGUUCAAAGGAAGAAGGUAUCAUGCCUGACUUUUAAGAUUUUUUUUAAACAUUGAAAAGUUCCUUGCUUUAAGUGUUCUUUAAGUAAUAAAUGGAAAGCAAAGUUAUAUUUGUCUCCCUUUUUUUUUUUUGCUGAUCCGAUCUGUGACUCAACUGUGAUACGAUCCGAACCCAUGGGGGCACCAGCGACAGCGUACGACGAGAAGAAGGAAACAUGCGGGACCGUCUGUCUGAAGUAUCUCCUAUUCACAUUCAACUUCCUCUUCUGGCUGGCAGGGGGCGUGGUGAUGGCGGUGGGCAUCUGGACGCUGGUGGAGAAGAGCGACUACAUCAGCCUGCUCUCCUCCGCGACCUACGCCGCCUCCGCCUAUAUCCUAAUCCUUGCCGGGGCCAUCGUCAUGGUGACGGGAGUGUUGGGCUGCUGCGCCACCUUCAAGGAGCAGAGGAGGCUGCUGAGAGUGUACUUUGUCUUGCUGCUGUGUAUCUUCCUGCUGGAGAUCCUCGCCGGUGUCCUGGCCUACAUCUAUUACCAGCAGCUCAAUGAGGAGCUGAAACAGAACCUGCGGGAGACCAUGGUGCAGAAGUACAAGCAGCCAGAGCAGGAGCACGUCACCAAAGCAGUGGACAAGCUGCAGCACGAGUUUAAGUGCUGUGGCAGCAACAGCUCAUCGGACUGGGGCGAGAGCGUGUGGAUCCGCACCAGUGAGGCAGAUGGCAGGCUGGUGCCGGAUAGCUGCUGUAAGACCCAGACUCUGAACUGCGGCCGCAGGGACCACCCAUCAAACAUCUACAAGGUGGAGGGGGGUUGUAUCACUAAACUGGAGAACUUCAUUUUGGACCACCUGAAGAUCAUUGGAGCGGUGGGCGUGGGCAUCGCCUGUGUACAGAUUGUGGGGAUGGUGUUUACUUGCUGUCUAUAUCGGAGUUUGAAGGCAGAGCCGUACUGAGAGUAGAACACGAAGAGAAGGAAAGGGGAGGGGUCUAGUCUCUGCCACCCAGUGUCAUCAUAUCCCAGCGACCCCGUUUAGUCAUGGGGUCUACCACUGUGCCAUGCAAACAGAAGAGGACGAUAUGUGUAAGGGUCUAAGAUGCACUUAGGAUAGUGUUUCUUAAUCCAUUCCCUGGGACCCUUUUGGUUCUAGCCUAGCACUAACUCCUCUGAUUCAACAGGGGUUGUAUUGGGCUAGAAUUCCUAGGGGGUCCCAACUUGGAAUGGAUAAUCAUAUUAUUUUCAAGAUAUUACAUGCUAUUUUAUCUACAAUGCUCUAUAUUUUGAUAGUCUGCAACAACAGAGCAGUUGGUAUAUACUAGUGUGAUGUAAAGAUCAGUGGACCAAAAUGGCCCGUGCAUGAGAACAGCUCGUCUUAACAUUGCAAUAAUCAUGACUGUGGCUUAAUGAGCGAGAUCUGACCUCUGGGGCCAAUUACCACGGCAACACAUUUUCUUUGUACAUCAAGUAGCUAUUUAUACAUUUACACACGUCUUUUACACGGUUUCUCUCAACUUUUUAAUUGUUAGUUUAUUUAAAAAAUGUUUAUCUUUUAAUACAAGGGAUUUCUCCACUUAUGCCAAAGUUGUCGUCAACACUGACUUUGUGUAAAAUCGUAUCAAACUGACUACUCCUGCAAGCCUUUUUCAUGUAUACUGAACAAAAAUAUAAAUGCAAUAAUUUCAAAGAUUUUUCUGAGUUACAGUUCAUAAAAGGAAAUCAGUGAAUUUAAAUACAUUCAUCAGGCCCUAUUCUAUGGAUUUCACAUAACUGGGCAGGUGUGCAGCCAUGGGUGGCCCUGGGAAGGCAUAGGCCCACCCACUUGUGAGCCAGGCCCACUCACUGGGGAGCCAAACCCAGCCAAUCGGAAUGAGUUUUUUCCCACAAAAGGCUUUAUUACAGACAGAAAUACUCCAACACCCCUCCCCCUCAGACGAUCCCACAGGUGAAGAAGCCAGAUGUGGAGGUCAUCGGCUGUCGUGGUUACAUGUGGUCUGUGGUUGUGAGGCCUGUAGGACGUACUGCCAAAUUCUCUAAAACAAUGUUGGAGGCGGCUUAUGGUAGAGAAAUUAACAUUAAAUUAUCUGGCAACAGCUCUUGUGGACAUUCCUGCAGUCAGCAUGCCAAUUGCACGCUCCCUCAACUUGAGACAACUGUGGCAUUGUUUUGUGUGACAAACCGGCACACUUUAGCAUUUUAUUGUCCCCAACACAAGGUGCACCUGUGUAAUUAUCAUGCUAAUAAGCUUCUUGAUAAUCCUUCCACCUGAUAGGUGUGGCAUAUCUUAGCAAAGGAGAAAUGCUCACAAACAGGGAUGUAAACAAAGUUGUGCACAACAUUUCAGAGAAAUAAACUUUUUGAGCGUAUGGAAAAUUUCUGGGGUCUUUUAUUUCUUCUCAUGAAACACGGGACCAACACUUUACAUAUUGCAUUUAUAUUUUUGCUUAGUAUAUAUUCUGAUUGUGUGCCUUUUUUUUUUUUUUUUUUUAAACCGAUGACAUUUUGCUUUUAUUCAAACCAUAAAUGUUAUUUUAUUGUGUAUUUAACAGACCAGUAGGAUGACUUGAUUAUAUGUAAAAUGUGCCUCAAAGACGCAAAAAACUAAUCAAACUGCUGUAUUGCUGUGUCAGUGUUCUACUAUACAUGGAGGUAUUUAGCUGAAAUAAACACAAUUAAACCUG